AUGGCAAAGAAGCGACUGGAAGGACAAGAGGCUAUGGCCAAGCUCCCUCCCGUAGAGGCUUUCGGCUUCAAGAGCAUGAUGGCCAACAUCGAGUCGCAGGAGGGGGACAACAACAUCAACGCCGACCUGGACCGCAUCGCUGAAAUAUGUGCCAGGUCUCGAUACUCAUUGAGCAACCAGUAUGAAGUUCACGUCGCGCCUCAUGGCUCCGGCGCGUCCUUCGUCAGCCACGCAUCAUCUUCCCGACGCCAGCGUCGCAGCGUGGGACCUACUUUGGAAGCCGUAUCAGAUGAUGAACGAAGACAUAGGAAGCGACGCAGUAAUGGUAGGAGGAGGAGCAUAGCAAUGGGGACGCUUGAGACCAUCAUGUCGUCCAGCCGGUCUUCCGAGGAAGAUAAGUCCAAGAAGAAGUCGGCAGCUGAGAUUACAGCAGAGGUACGAGGUAGGGCAGCAGCUCGGAAGUCAGGCAGCACGACGCCUUCGUCUACAGUCAGUGAAGAGCAAGGGCCCUUGAAACAAGAAGAGAAUGACCAGUCGCCUCCUCUGGUCAGGAGAAAGUCGUCCUCGUUCGCGACGGCCAUGCUAGGGAGCACACGACAGAGCCUAACGGCCAGCAACCAGGCAUCACCACGAAGCUCGGCGAAUGCUUUGGUGAGCGAGCCGGCUCUGCCGAAGACUUCGACGAGCCACCUCGAAGUUCGGACGGAUGUAGAAGAGAGCGUGGGGCAUCGCCAUGCCCGCAAAGGUUCGGACGAAAGACUGCAGCACGAAGUGUCCAAACCACAACAGCGCGAAACUUCAACCCAGCUCGAUCAGACGAAGAACCCCAAGGGUCUCUUGGCAGGGCUCACCGGCUGGGUGCCUUGGAGACUACCGCCCAUCGUGGGAUUGGGAUCGACUUCCGCUCAAGGCGGUGUUCCCAGGAGCCAUGCCGAGGGAAGCUUGCGGGAUCUGCUCAAGACAACUGACACUAAGAACAAGGGAAAGGCCAUCGAAGGCCAGGCUUGA